ACCGCCACCUUCCGCUUAAAGACCACCUCUAGGCCUGCUCCUUCACUCACUCCACGGCAAUUAAACCCUUUCUAAAUGGCUUCGCAUCUGGGUGCAUCGCUACGCGCUACCGCACGCUCUGCGGUUCCUGUUUCUCACCGACACAAACACCGAGUUGCUGUUACAGUUCUGGUGAGAAGAAGUGGAGGCAGGGGAGCGUCGAGGAUUAGGGUUUCGGAUGGCGGGGACUCGUACCUCGACAUGUGGAAGAAGGCGGUGGACCAGGAGAGGAAGGGCAUGGAGUUCCAGAGGAUUGCAGGCAACUCCGGUGGAGAGGACGAUGGGGAGAGUGCAGAGGCAUUGGAGAGGAAGAGCGACGAGUUCAUGAAGAUUCUGGAGGUUUCUAAGGAGGAGAGGGACAAGGUGCAGAGAAUUCAGGUCAUUGACCGAGCUGCCGCAGCGAUCGCGGCGGCGAGGGCCAUUCUUCAGGAGAGUAAGUCGGGAGAGGAGGAGUUGGGAUAUUCUAGAGUUGAGGGUUCGGGGAGUGAGAGUGGUGGAGGAACGGGGGUUCAGCAGGGAGGUAAUGGAACACAGAACGGGGUCUUGUUUGUGCCUCAGUCUCAAACAUCUGUGAAUUCAACACCAGGUCCAGAUUUUUGGUCUUGGACACCUCCUAUGGAUAGUGAGGGAAAAUCCGAUGAUGCCGGUAACUUGCAGACAGCAAGAACAUCUUCUCCGUAUCUUACUCCAGCCAAAUCAUUGAUGGAGAAAGAGCAAUCUGUAGAUUUUCUCCCAAUUCCAUUUGAGAGCCGGUUUUCUGAAAGCAGCCACAAUCCUCUUCUUCCACCACUUCAAUCAUUGACAGAGGUUGGCAAAGUGGAUGUUUCUAGUUCCAGUCUAGAGAUACCUUCCUUAAAAAGGGAAGAUGAACUUGGCGUUCUAUUUUUAGGACAUGCAGCAGAAGCUGUUCAUGCUCUUGAUGAGGUGGAUGGAGCAUUGUCCCAUGGAGUAAGUCCUGAUGGAUCAAGGUGGUGGCGGGAGACAGGGAUUGAACAAAGACCUGAUGGUGUGGUUUGCAGGUGGACGCUGAUCAGGGGUGUCAGUGCUGAUCAUGUUGUUGAGUGGGAAGAUAAGUUUUGGGAGGCUGCUGACAAGUUUCAAUAUAAGGAACUUGGCUCAGAGAAAUCAGGGCGUGAUGCAACAGGAAAUGUAUGGCGUGAAUAUUGGAAAGAAUCAAUGUGGCAGGAUUGUGGGCUUAUGCACAUGGAGAAAACUGCUGACAAGUGGGGAAAGAAUGGAAAAGGUGAUGAAUGGCAUGAGAAAUGGUGGGAACAAUAUGAUGCCUCUGGCAAAGCAGAUAAAUGGGCCCACAAAUGGUGCAGCAUUGAUCCAAACACACAACUUGAGGCUGGUCAUGCUCAUGUUUGGCAUGAAAGAUGGGGUGAGAGGUAUGAUGGGCAUGGUGGCAGCAUGAAGUACACUGAUAAAUGGGCUGAGCGUUGUGAAGGUGAUGCUUGGACUAAAUGGGGUGAUAAAUGGGAUGAGAACUUUGAUCCAAACAGCCAUGGCGUCAAGCAGGGGGAGACGUGGUGGGAAGGGAAGCACGGAGAGCGGUGGAAUCGCACAUGGGGUGAGGGCCAUAAUGGUUCUGGAUGGGUGCACAAGUACGGGAAGAGCAGCAGCGGGGAGCACUGGGAUACACAUGAGGAGCAAGACACUUGGUACGAGAGAUUUCCACACUACGGUUUCUAUCACUGCUUUGAGAACUCAGUCCAGCUCCGGGAAGUUCAGACUCCACCCCAGUUGUCGUGAAACAUUCCUUCAUCAGCACAAAGGAAGAGGCCAUAUACAGUAUAAUUUUGUUCAGUUGUAAGCAAAGGAAGCCAGAAUUUUACCUUAGCCACGAUAUCUAUUUUCCCAUAAAUGAGGGGUUGCACACCUCUUACUGAAAGUUACAGUGACAUGAAAUCCAUAUAGUUCCUAUUUCACUCUCAA